AUGACGACCGAGAGCUCCAAGCAACAUUUGGAUCCAUCUAAUCCUCUGCGCUCCAGUCCAGCGGCCGGUGCUCUGAAUGCAGCUCUGCUGAGCGCACAGCCGGUGAUGGAGAGCCCGCAGAAUGCAUCAACCAAAUGGAAAAAAGGAAAUUCUGGCUUGAGGCGCCCUGAAAAGCCUCCUUACUCAUAUAUUGCCCUUAUUGUGAUGGCAAUUCAAAGUUCACCGACCAAAAGGCUCACAUUGAGUGAAAUCUAUCAGUUCCUGCAGGCCCGCUUCCCCUUCUUUAGGGGAUCAUACCAGGGAUGGAAAAACUCCGUCAGACAUAACCUGUCUCUGAACGAGUGUUUUAUAAAGCUGCCUAAGGGUCUCGGUAGACCGGGCAAGGGGCACUACUGGACCAUCGACCCGAGUAGUGAGUUUAUGUUCGAGGAGGGCUCCUUUCGUCGCAGACCCCGGGGGUUCCGUAGGAAAUGCCAAGCUUUGAAACCAAUGUACAGGAUGAUGAAUGGGAUCGGGUUUGGUGCGUCCAUGCUGCCGCAAAACUUUGAGUUCCAAUCACCGUCAGGCUCAUUAGCAUGUCACAACAGCUACAAUAUAGACUUGAUGGGUAAUACAGUGCCAGGUGUCUUCGAGGGACUUGGAGGGGGGCAUCACGUCCCACAUAUGUCAUCAGGCUCCGGGUCAUCGUACAUGGCCGCAUGUCAGGUGGCCUCUAAUGCGGACUAUUGCCCGGACAGCAGCAGCAGCCCCGUGCAGUCCUCCCCAGCCAUGGCAGGCACUUUGGACUGUCAGUCUCCUUAUGGAAAUGCAGCCUCACACUGGAGUUCACCUGGCGUAACUUCAUACAUCAAACAGCAGUCGCUGGCAUCUAGCAGCACCUCCUCUUCUGCUCUGCACGCGGGAAUGCCAUCUUACUCUUUGGAUCAAGGCUAUCUGCACCACAAUGCACGAGAUUCCUCUGACAUUUCAGUGGGACUCUCUCGAUACUCCAGCCACUCAGCUCCUGUGUGCGACAGGAAGGACUUCGUUUUGAACCUAAACGGAAUCUCAUCUCUCAAUCCCAGCACCAGCGGAUCUUACUAUCACCAGCUUCAUCACCAUCACCAAAGCGUCUAUCAGGACGUCAAGCCGUGUGUCAUGUGACAAAACAGCCCAGAACUUUUCUACUAAAUUAAACCCUCAGGUGGAGUUAUUUUAAACACAAUCUUUGGAGAGUUUUGGUAAGAAAAAAAAGGGCGUUUUAUUCCAUUCGAGACAGCACAGACAAAUCACUUAUGUGAACUUUGAGCUUUUCUUAAUCGUUUAGUAAUGAUGCGAGGACUUGUUCACACUCUCAUUACAGGGGUGCCUGUUCACACAUUGAUAUGCAAUAUCAACAUUUUUACUGAAAAAACCCCCCAACAUAACUUUACACGUUAAACUUUAUCUCAUGCACUUAAUUUUGUUUUGGUGAAGUCGCUUAAAUUGUUACUGAUUUCCUGCAAAACGCCAUUAAA